AUGGAACGUAACUCUAUUGUCUAUGGUCAGAACCGUUUAAAAGCUUUAUUGACUUAUUUGGAAGCUACUAAAACAAAAUAUACAAAAAAAUACAAGGCCAUGAAUCCAAACCGAAUAACCACCACAGUUGGCUUGAAUAUAGGGAAAAUACAUGUUGAUGGUGUUAUACUAAAUUUCUGGGAUUUAGGUGGGCAACAAGAACUCCAGUCUUUAUGGGAUAAGUAUUAUGCAGAAUGUCAUGCUGUCAUCUACAUAGUUGAUUCUUCAGAUAGAGAAAGGAUUUCAGAAUCUAAAGAGACAUUUGAUAGGAUGAUAGCAUCGGAGCACUUAUCCGGAGUACCUUUAUUGGUGUUGGCCAAUAAACAGGACAUUCCAGACUGCAUGGGCUUAGCGCGCACUGCGGCGAUUGGACGGCGCGAUGAAAUACCGCCAUUUUACAUUGUGUUUAAUAGAAUAUCAACAACGACGACACCGGCACCGCUGCCGCAAAUAUUCUGCGUCCCGUUUGGUAACAGAAUAUCGGCGGCACUGAGCAAAGACGGCGUCGACGAAGGCAUCAGAUGGCUUGUGGAUUGCAUCAAAAGGAACAGCGUAGAUCGACCACCGCGAAACCACGAGGACAACUUAUAGUAUAGGCACUGCGCUCUCACCUGCACUUGUCAUUCAACCGCGCUACUAAAACAAUGAAUGAUAAUGAGUUUUCCUAUUUAGAUAACGAUGUGACUCUACCCAUUGUUUUGUACAUACAUUAUAUCGUAUUAAGAAUAAAACAGUAAAACCGUGA